AUUCCCGAGAUAUCCAAUAGUAUCUCUAGAAUGAAUACUACAUUGGUCCUUCAGUCCCUUACGAAAGUAUCGGGUGCUAGCCUGAGCUACAAAAACAUGGGAAACAACAACACAACUCAACAAACCAACGUAGCAACUACCCGUUUUCACCAACAAAGAAACCCAUCACAGUCACCACCAUGA